AUGGAAUUAAUUCCGGAAAAAUUGCAGAAAACUAUUUGCUGCAGCUGUGAAACUGGAUAUGAAAUUGCGGAUGAAGAACCAAUACAGACCGAAAAUAAUGUUGGAGACGAAGACGAUGGUGGUCUUGAAGAUGUCGAAGACCUACUAGAAUCAGAAAGGCCUGUCGAAUCUAACGAUCAAGAAAUACCAUCAAAAAGACAGAAACUGAUGAAUAAGUGA